AUGUCCUACCAUCAUCAAAUCGAAUCACUGGCCCAGUAUUAUGUGCAGCCUCAGCCCAUGCUCUGCCUUGCUCUACUACUUCACCAAUUGGGAGAUGAAGUGCUUACCGUCCGUGAGAAACGUGAGGAUUUGAGGCAGCAAUGGCCGAGCGACCUCACCAUGCAGCAAUUCGCCGAGAUAAGCUUAACAUUCUCCGAUCACGGCAAAUGA